UCGGUGUGACGCCAGGAUCGAGGGAUGAGAAAGGAUGAAAUUCGGUGAUUGCCAUUUAAUAGAUCAGAACUACUGGGAUGAUGGACCUCGGCCGAUUUCCGGGUCACGUGACGGACGCUCACUAAGCGAACUGGAAGUCACUCCUCGCCUGAACCGACCGUAAUUAAAACAAUACACACGCACUAAAAUACAGGCAGGCCUCGGUUCGGAUACGGCGGCUCUCAUGACCGCAGUGGUACUGCCUCCCUGCGCUCGACAGCCGUGCAGGUGCCGAGACCGAAGCGGCACACCGGGCCUAACGGUGUACACGGGAGCCGCUGGGAUAUUUUUUAACGUGAAUCGUUGUUCAGGGGUUUGUUUAAAAAAAAAAAAAAGUGUGAGUGGGUCCGUGUGCCGUUCGCUUAGGUUGUCGCCGGUGUGCUCGUGAUGUAGGCCGGUAAUCCUGCUGGAGGUGGGUGAUCGAUUAUUGUUUGGUACUCGCUUUGUUUUAAGGACUAGUAUGAGCAGAAUAGAGACGCACAGCCACCUGCAUCGCUAGGCGUCUUUAAUGAUGGUCAGGAUGGUCAGGAUCGUAGCAGUUACACAGAAAUGUAGGCUGCCAUCCACACUCCAUUACACCCUGUGCUGACAGAGAUGUGUCGAUUUAAGGUGGCUGCAGGCACCUGUAAUCCUGCUGCAGGUGAAUGGACGCUCAUUGUUGUACAUUAGCUUCAUUUGACUAUAAGUCAAAUCCUCGCUGUGAUACACUGUCAUCAUCAUUGUUACACGUCCUGACUGAUGCAGAUGCUACACACGUCAAUUGUCCAUUGACAUUAACAAGCACCGUGUUUUAAAGCGGCGCCCUCUCACGAGGCGCUCCCCAUCUCCCUUUUUAAAGCUAUAUAUGAUCCAGUGCAGCCGAUGAGAGGUUUAGUCUAAGCAGUAUGUUAUUGUCAUAGUGCACGUGCGACAACUAAGAUGCAGUCAGUGUUCUGCUGUCCCACAUCACCAGCCCUCCAUCGGGGUGCCCUUGAGCAAGACAGGCUAAAGGGCAGUUCCCAUUGUGAAUGUGUAGUAGUUUGUUGAUGGAUGGGAGCAGGGAGUCCAGGCCUCAUUAUAAGAAGAAACACAGUUAAUACACUGUUUUUAGUGGAAGCUAUCAGAACACUGGAGCCUGGAAUUACUCUUUUAACAAAAGUUUACAUUUCCUAUUUUUGGUUAGGGUUCGAUAUUAGUAUACAGAUACAAAACAAUGCUUUAGAUUGCCCAGUAUGUACAUGGGUGUCUAUAAAAGUAUUUUUAAAAUAGGAAAAAAGCUAAAUUUCUCAAAUGUGUCGUUUUGUUUUGCUGUUGUCACAAUAAUAGCAAUGCAACAACUUUGACUAAAUCAAAUUCAACACAAUACUGAAAAAACAAAUCUAUUUUCUGACUCAUGAAACAUGCUGGCAGCUAGUUCACGUUAGCCAAAGUCAGGUAAUAGCUCAAUCAUUUUUGUUUCCACAAUCCAAAGGGUUUAUAUUAAAUCUCUGCAGAUUUUAUUUUGAACAUUUACUGCCAGUGUUUUCAAUUCGAAUAUGACUGCGUUUACAAAUCUCUUUGCAUUUGUACCGAUUGUUGUGCUUGUUUUUUUUUUUAUUGUUGGUGUCUUUAUUUUUGACCAUCCAUCAAGUCAAAAUAACAUUUUAAGAGAAAAAGGCUUCACUAUAUUUUGUAAUGUAUAUUUCUUGACUCUUCUUUUCCAGAACUGAGCGGUUGGAAUCCACAUUUUCACACCUGUGGUGAAAAGCAAAGCGAGAGUGUCAAAAUCAACAGAAGCAGGCUUCUGUAAUUCAUGUGCCCGUUAGCGUCCGCUUGGCAAGAUGAGUACAGACAGACCCAAACGGAAUAUCAUCAAAAAGAAAUAUGACAUCAGUGACGGGAUGCCUUGGUGUGAAGAACGUCUGGUCCGCAAAGUUCUUUUCCUCUCCCUCAGGGAAUUCAGAGACACGCACCGCGCCACGCACAAACACAUACACACGCGCGCGUCUAAAAACGCACGCUUACAGCGAAAGACGCAGGCACUACCGAAAACUACACGCGCGAGUGCAUACGCACCACAGCAGAGGGCCGCACACAGGCUACCGAACACGCAGGUGCAGAAAACUACACAAAAUAUGCACAUUUCAAAACACACACAAAGCAAAGGGCAAAAAAAUAACUUGUCUCAGGACUCGCACACGCCAAAAAAUAAAUGCACUCACACACUACGGAACGUGCAAACGCAAUCAAAAACGUGCGCAGGGAAAAUAACUCACACUGUGCAGCACGCACACCUACGAGAAAGUACACACUCGUUCCAGAAGAAUUCAGCAUCGACCAGGACGCUGCGCUCGCAUAAAACACAAAACGCACGGACGCUGCCGAGCUCCAGAUACACAGAAACUGCAAAACACGUGCACGCUCCUCAGCACAAGCACUCAGUGAAAAACACCUGCGCACCCGGGAACACACGGGCGCUGCUGAGCCCUCCUGUCACGGCCAGGACGCUGCGGUCGCAUGCUCCCACAAGCCUCAGAGACUCCCUGGUUAAUGGCAUCAGCCGGUGUCAGUCCGUCCUGUCUGCCAGCUGGAGCUGGUCCUUACAGACACGCCCUAACCAGCGGCGCACUGCUGGCAUCCUCCGCCACAAGGACGACCCUGCCAGCAAGAGGUCAGCUGCUCCAGUGUGGGUUUCUGCAUGCCUGUUUGCAUGUCCAUGCCUGUUUACCUAUAAACAGUUAUAGAAAAGGUGUACUGUGCUGCCCCCCCAUAGUACUCACCCUCAAAGGGCCAGUGUGUAGCACUUCAGGGGGGGUCUAUCCGCUGACAUUGAAUAUAAUAUAUAUAACUAUGUUUUCAUUAUUGUAUAAUAACCUGACACUAAGAAUCGUUGUUAUGUUUGUUAGCUUAGAAUGAGCCCUUCAUAUACAUAGAGAGCGGGUCCCCUUCAUGGAGUCCGCCAUGUUGCACCGCCACGUUUCUACAACUUACCUCAGUCUUGGAAAGGGAAGAGAGGGCAGAGGGUUAUUCAGUCGGUUGCAAUCUGGAACCACCCCGCUGGAUGCCAUCAAAUCCUACGCACUGUCCCUUUUAAAAUCUGAUCUGUAUUAAAUAACGCCAUUACAGAGAGCAUCUGUAGCUCCUGUUACUGUUUCAUCUGCAUGUACCGCCUGCGCUGUGGUGACACUAAGCCGGGUUGAAAAUCAGCAAAGUUUCCCUUUCAUCUCUCCAUCCUCCUCCUGAUCUACCAACUGUUGAGGGAGGGAUGUGCGUGGAGCCACCAGUCAUAUGUAGUGCUGUAUCGUACUAAGCUCUAAGCCCGCUCACUUUCUAGUGGUCCAAUCAAAUGGAAAAGAUUUGAUUUAGAUCCCUCUUUUAAAUGUACACCCCUCAAAUAAAAGUUGCAAAAAUAGUUACUCGGCAUAGUUACUGAAGUAUACAGAGAGGUCUUGCUGUUAUUUAGCCUCGCGUCAUUGAUAUAAAUGGGGUGGACAAAAUAAUAGAUACACCUGCAUGUGUAACUUCUCUUUGUUUAAUUCUCUUCUUACAAAUAUGCAUUAGAACCUUCAUGAAGGAUUUAUUGCAGGACUGUAUUAGUUUCAGAUAUGUGUACCUGAUAACUGGCCCCUGACCAUGUGAACAUGUAUGUGUGCGCAGACCACGGCUGCAAGCACAGAGGAAGUUCGCCCAGUCCCCUCCCAGCUCUCCGGGACCAGCAGGUUCGACGACACCGCCACGAAGCAACCAC